UUAUCCAGUUCCUCCAAGUAUUUUGCUGACAUGCUCGAGUGAUAGCGGAGUCUUUUCGGAGACUGCUGACCUGAGACACAGGACACCAGAAGCUCCCUCAGCUCCCUCUUCAUUGAAUACAGCAAACCUGCACUUGUGGAGGGAGUGUGAUCAUGUUCUAGCACCCUCCUGUGGCACAUAAGGAUAUGGUGAUCUCAAUCUGCCAGGCUGUGGUCACUUAUGUGCCCCUUCUGUGGAUGGUAAGAGUGACUGAUGGGAUGCCCGACCCUGCUCAGAGGGACCUGCUGAUGCGUCAGGAGGCGUCCAGACAGACGGGAGGCCAGGUGACGCUGACGGUGGCUGAGCAGAAGCUGGACGCUUACCUCCAUCAAUUAAAGGAGCAAGAGAUGUCUGCUGCACAGUUCCCCCCGGCUAUCCACUUCUUCAAAGCAAAGCCUCUCAUCCAGAAGAGUCCAAUCUUCAAACUGCUGCAGAAGAUGCCUAAAGGUGCAGCCCUCCACAUCCACACCUCCUCUUUGGUCGGUGUUGAAUGGCUGGUGAAAAACGUCACCUACAGGCCUCACUGCUACAUCUGCUUCACCUGGGACAACUCGGUCCGCUUCUUGUUCUCCGAGCGCCAGCCUUUUCCACGAUGGGACUGCUUCUACUGGCGGCUGCUUGAGACAUUGAGAGCCCAAAUAGGAGACCCUACAGGCUUUGAUAACAGUUUAAUGCAGCAGCUCACACUGUUCACUGAGGAUCCAGAUGUAGAGUACCCGAGCCAAGAGGUUGUAUGGGAGAGGUUUGAGAAAGCCUUCAUCGCAGCUGCUGGGCUCAUCACCCAUGCCCCUGUGCUGAGAGACUACUUCUAUAAGGGCCUAGAGGAGCUUCUCCAUGACAACAUCAUGUAUCUGGAAUUCAGGAGCGGUCUCUCAAGGACGUAUGAGCUUGAUGGAACCAUUCACGAUAAGGUGUGGACUCUGAAAACGUUUCAAGAAGUUACAAGGAAAUUUACAGCAGAUCACCUGGACUUUCUUGGGGCUCGUGUCAUCAUUUCUGUGCACAGGGCUCUGAGUGUAUCUGAGGUCAAAGCAGCUGUAAAAGAGGCCAUCCAGCUGCAAAAGGACUUCCCAGAUGUUGUUGCAGGAUUUGACAUGGUUGGCAGGGAGGACAGUGGGAGGUCUCUUUGGUACUUUAGGGAGGCACUUUCUAUGCCAGCUGAACUGGGUGUCACACUGCCAUACUUUUUUCACGCAGGGGAAACAGAUGAUGACGGCACCAACGUAGAUCAAAACAUUCUUGACGCCCUUCUGUUCAACACGACACGUAUUGGGCACGGUUAUGCUUUGGCACACCAUCCACUUGCCAAAGAGCUAUCUCGGAAAAGAAACGUGGCUGUGGAACUGUGCCCCAUCUCAAACCAGGUGCUGAAGCUGGUAUCGGACCUUCGGAACCACCCUGCAGCUGUGCUGAUGUCUGAGGGCCACCCGAUGGUGAUCAGCUCUGAUGACCCAUCUCUGUUCGGCACCACGGGCCUCUCCUACGACUUCUAUCAAACCUUUGUUGGCAUCGGAGGGUUAAAAGCAAACCUGGGCACUCUGAAAGAGCUGGCUCUUAACUCCAUCAGGUACAGCUCUCUGCAAGCUCAUCUGAAGGACACAGGUCUUGUCAUGUGGCAGAAAAAAUGGGACGCCUUCAUCUUUUCAUCUUUAAAUCAUUUAUGACAACCAAACCGCCAUGGAUCCUCUGUGACUUGAAUGAUGAUCAUAAUAGCGCUAAGCUAAAGCAAACAAAUCUACAGGCUUUAAUUUAUUUAUAUUUUAAAUUAAAUUCUUUGGAACUACUUACUUUGUAAUUGAUUGGCUGACAAGAGUUAAACAUACGCUGAGGUCUUUUGGGAGGAUGUUCUGGUCCGAUGUAGGAGGGUAGAUACUGUAGGUAUAGGUAUUUUUUAUUUCUUGAAACUACAAAGUAACUUUACACUAAACUAGCCUGCUGAUGAGAAGAGUCAUUCACAAGUCAUUCAGUCCUCUGAGAAGUAUUGAAAGCUGUCCACAGGCAUUCUUUUGUCUUCAUAAAAAGGUUUUUUCACACAAAAACUGUAAUAGCAAAUGUUCAAGAGCACAUGUUUGUAUUCAAAACCAAGAAAGUUACAUUUGCCAAAACGUACAAGGCCAAAACAAUAAUUAAAUAAAAGUAAUUUACAACUUUGCACACUUUGACUUUUGUGGAUCCAAGUCCUCUGGUGCAAAAUGUAAACUCAACCAAACCCCUAAGACAAGCAGUCGUUCUUUCUCUGAGAUGCAGUUUUUGUGCAAUAAUGGCUCAGUUACUGUUGUCUUCUGGGCCAUGCCCACCAGUCUUUCAGUGGUCUUUGAUGAGAUGCUGUAU